AAAGCUUGACCACUGGCCAGGGCAGACUGGUACCGAAGGCAGAUGGAACUUUUGGGUGAUUCCUGGCCGCGAGAAGACAAAAGGAGGCCGUAGGACCGGAAGCGAAAAUGCGAAAGCGGAUAGACGUCGCGCUUUUCCUGGACCGCCCCCUCCCCCCUCCUCCAACGAAGCGGAUGAAAACAAACAGCAGCGAUGGCGGCGCCUGGAGCCGGGAGGCCGCGGGGCUGGAGCCGGAGCCGGAGCAGCGCGUGACGAGCUCGGAGCCGGAGCCGGAGCCGGAGGCGGUGGAAGCCGCAGCGCGGAGACCGAGGAGCGCGGGCGGCCGUCCUUGAGCCUAGGCAGGCGCAGAGUCCCGCGGCCCGCGAAGAGGGAGGCCCCGGGCGACCAGCGGCGGGGCCCAGCCCGAGGCCGGAGGCGGCGUCCCGGGCCCCGGAAUGCGAGUCCUGAGCCCCACAGAUUUGUAUAUGCAAUGGACACUGAUCUCAGUUCCCAGGACAGGAAGGACCUGGACAAAUUCAUCAAAUUUUUUGCCCUGAAGACAGUCCAAGUGAUAGUCCAGGCUCGGCUGGGAGAGAAGAUCAGUACUCGCUCGUCAUCUUCCCCAACAGGAUCUGAUUGGUUCAACUUGGCCAUCAAGGAUAUCCCAGAGGUCACCCAUGAGGCCAAGAAAGCACUGGCAGGACAGCUGCCUGCCGUGGGGAGGUCGAUGUGUGUGGAAAUCUCACUCAAGACUUCAGAGGGAGAUUCCAUGGAACUAGAAAUUUGGUGUCUUGAAAUGAAUGAAAAGUGCGACAAAGAAAUUAAAGUUUCCUACACCGUGUACAAUAGGCUGUCUUUACUGCUGAAGUCUCUGCUUGCUAUCACUAGAGUGACACCAGCCUACCGACUCUCAAGGAAGCAGGGCCGUGAAUAUGUCAUCCUCUACAGGAUAUACUUCGGAGAAGUCCAGUUGAAUGGCUUAGGAGAAGGUUUCCAGACAGUCCGAGUUGGCACAGUAGGCACCCCAGUGGGCACCAUCACACUGUCCUGUGCCUACAGAAUUAACUUGGCCUUCAUGUCUACCAGGCAGUUUGAGAGGACCCCACCUAUCAUGGGGAUUGUCAUUGAUCAUUUUGUGGACCGUCCCUACCCCAGCUCCUCGCCCAUGCACCCCUGCAACUACAGGACGACUGGUGAGGAUGCCGGGAUAGUGUACCCCUCUGUGGAGGACUCUCAGGAAGUGUGCACCACCUCUUUCUCCACCUCCCCUCCAUCCCAGUGUGUGUUCACUGUUAGUAAGGCGCAUUUUCAGGCCCCUACUCCAGUGGUGACGGAUACCCUGAGGGUGCCCAUGGCAGCACUGGCCUUUUCCCACCAACUCGCCAGCUCUCGCCUUUCCUAUCAGCCUGCUGCCCUGGGAGUUGGAUCAGCUGAGCUGGCCCAUCCAGUGGUCUUAGCUGCUGGCUCAAGCGCUGCCCACCCUCACCAGUUAAUGGUUCCAGGGAAGGAAGGUGGGGUGCCCCUCGCUCCCAGCCAGCCCGCCCACGGCACCCAGGCCGACCACGAGAAGGUGGCAACAUGUACUCCCUCUGACGGCACCCACUACAUAGUCACUCCUGCCAGCAGUGAAGACAGCGAAACCGUAUUGAACAGCAGCGAAGGCCGGGGCUCCCCCCGUGACGUCCUGGAGGCCAUCUUGGUUCGGAAAGUGGGAGCCCUUGUCAACAAUUCAGUGGAUCAGGUAACAAUGACCAGUUUGGACAUCCCCUUUGCCAUGUUUGCUCCCAAGAACUUUGAGCUAGAGGAUAAUGAUCCCAUGGUCAAUCCUCCUGACUCCCCGGGCACUGAAUCUCCUCUCCAAGGCAGCUUACACUCCAAUGGGUCCAGUGGCGGCAGCAGCGGAAACACACACGAUGACUUUGUCAUGGUUGACUUUAAGCCGGCCUUCUCCAAAGACGACAUUCUGCCCAUGGACUUGGGAACCUUCUACCGGGAGUUUCAGAAUCCCCCUCAGCUGAGCAGCCUCUCCAUCGACAUUGGGGCUCAGUCCAUGGCUGAAGACCUGGACUCACUCCCAGAAAAGCUGGCCGUGCAUGAGAAGAACGUCAAAGAGUUUGAUGCCUUUGUAGAGACCCUGCAGUAAAGUCGUCCUCCUCCCCACACCCCGGCAGCAGCAGCCCCUUUCUUGGAUACCCCUGAGGACAGAGACUAUUCCACCUCUCUCUCUUCUCCCUCACCUAUUAUUUAUUCAGCAUCCACCCAGGCCAGGGGGUGGAAGGCAAAGAGAUGGGGCUCCCCCAUUCCUGCCUUUUGGCUCUUUUCCCAACCAUCCCCUGAGGGCCCCAGCCCCUGCAGCAUUCAAGUUCUGGGUGGUAACCCGCCCUACGGGUCAGGAGUCAGCACAGCUGGUGAAAGGGAGCUUGUGUCUGCUACUCUGUGUGUGGUCUACCCACCAGGGUCUUUCCCACCCCCUCUGGAGUGGAGCUGCUGAUGGCGGCCCCCUGCUCGGCCACUGCUGUAGCCCGCCCCAGAACUAACAGUGAGUGUCUUCACUGAGCAUCUGCCAUCCAGUUUUGCCUGUAGAAUUAUGGACCUUCCCUCCUUGAAGUGGGCAGCCUCUUCUCGGGGCAUUGGGGGCGCUAUCUAGGGCCGAGGACACCAGCUAUGACUGUCCUACCCCAGUGACCCAGGGGCAAGAAAGGCGAGAGGAAAACCACAGUGUAGAGGCCGGGAAGGGGAGGCGGCCUUUUACUUUGCCAUGUGCCAGUACUCUGCCCACCAGAGAAAAGACCUGCUCUGGAAAGGCUGGCUGAGUGUGCCCAGUGCCAUCUGUCUCCCCUGUAGUAUGAAUGCUUUCAUGACACUAUGCAAGGCUGCGUGGGCCCGCCCCUGAAUGACUCGUCGGGUGGCCUGCCCCCGCCACACGAUGCUCAGUAGAAACUCGGCAGCCCACUCUUAGGACUGGUAGACCAAGACUCUCCCUGUCCUUUCCCCUUCCUCUCCUGCUCCUGUUGCUGCUCUGUGCUUAUAGAUGAGCAUCAAACAGUAAAUAUUUAUUGCUUUUCAAGAAAUCAGAUGACUUGUUAAAAUGCAUUGGAUGUGGGCUGUCCUCGCCCAGCUGCGGCUUGGGGAAGGCCAGGUCUCCUCCGCCCAGCAGGACAGGGCCCUCUUCAGACACCAGAAGCGGCCCUGGGACCUCUUGGCUCCAUCGUGUGCACUGAGGACAGGCCUGGGGUAGCUGUGGACUCGGGGACACUAGCUGCUCCCCACAAUCACGGAGUUUGAGCUGACCCCAUGGGACACCAACCUCUUCAAGUCCAGGUUCUCGCCCCUUCCAAAAAGCCUUUUUGCUGACAGAUUGGGGAGGUUUCUUUUCUAAUGCCAUGCUGGCCCUGUGACAACAUGGCAGCCCUUGUGCUAAAAGGGCUGGCUACUCCUGGCCUCUGCCCCUGAGAGGCCAGGCCCUCCUCAGUGCUGUGCCACAUCCCAAAGCCCCAGCCACGCCGCCCCCCAAGCUGCUUCUGGCUGACUCAGAGGGACCCCCAAAGGCCUGGGUAGGUGUUCCCACUACUACUGGUGGCCUCUGGUCUUGGGUGAUUACAGCUUACCCUCCUGUCCGUCCACCUCUAGAGCCAUCCAGAGGGGCCAGAAACUUAAGCUUGAAACACGGGUCAUGGGAGAGGAGGCAGGCACUGCUUCUGUCCUCUGCUCCAGCCCUGAAUCCAGGAGACAGGACAUUGCCCUGGCGCUUGCUGGUUGGAUCUGAAGUCAGUCGGGUGUGGGCUUGACCCAACCCUUGUAGCUGUUAGUCGGCUGCCUCUCACUGCCAGGCCUUACCAGUGUGACAUUGCUCCUGUUUCCCCCCUCCCUCCUUGAACGGGGGUGAUUGCCAAGGCCUCGGGGCACAUAGGUGCCAGGGGGGACAGACGGCUUUCUCAAGUCUUUAAUGGUAAGCUGCAUGUGACAGAAAUGCCUUGACCUGCAUGUUCUGCGGCCCAGUUGGGGCUGAGACUUGAGCCCUGUUGAUCAUCCAGCUGGCAUGGAUUUCUCUGCACCAUGUCUGCUAUUAAGAAGCCAGAGGUGGCCCCAGUGGCACUGGGAAGGGGACAACUCACAGGUAGAUCUCACCCACUGUCACCAGGGGCCAGGUUUCUCCCAGCCUUGAGGGUCUGGUCCACUCCAAGGCAGCCUUGGCCCCAAGUCAUCCCUAGGGAACGAAGGCCAGUGCCACCACCAGGUCCGUCUCGUGGUUUGGGUUCAGGCUAAGACGAGCCUCCAGAGAUGGGUCCGUGAGUUGGCUGGACCCAACAGUGGCCCCACGGCCUCAUGGCUGUGUGAAAAGGGGGUAACAUAGACCUUAGAAACAUUUUCCCCAUUUCUGGACUUCUCCAGCCCACUCUGACCAACUUCCUUUGGCCCCUGCAUGAAAAUGCUGUGGUAUCCUAGCCAGGAACCCUGUUAGUCCAAGUGCUGCCCUCUGCAGGCAAUAAGUCGCCCUUCUCCGUUGCCAGUUUGCUCUGGACUCCCAAGUGGUGGAGGGAGCUGGGAGUAGCCGGACCUCCACUACUGGAGUUGAGCACUAGCUUCAAGCGAAGCCCGUGGCGGGCAGUAUAUUCCAAACCUCUUCCGUCAGCCUUGCUCAGUGCCAGGGGAUUUGGGCCCUGGACUGGUUCCUGGGCUCUGUAUGUCUUCCUGAGGUCAGUCAAGCUGGUGUCAGUCUAUCGGGGCAGACCUGCCGGGUGACUAGCCAUUCAGAUGCUCAGCCUGGAGAAGAGCAUCUUCACCCCUUAUCUGGUUUGAAAACAUUGAGCUGUACUUUCAAAUAUAUUCUCAAGAAAUUUCCAAUAAAUUUUUUUCUGUACACAA